ACAAGUGGUGCGAAUGAAAUGAAGCUCAACGGGACGUAUUUAUAGAAAUUUAAAAAACAUUUAAUGCAAUAAACGGAAAUUCCGUGCGGACGUCCGUGGGAGUCAACGCAAUGGCGGACGUCCGCGUGGCGUCGCGACGGAAUUCUGCGUAAAUGCCGCGGAACUGCGGUGUCCUCGGCAGAAUUCCGUAUCCGUGCCUACCAUGCACAAUGGCGGACGUCCGCCCCGAAAUUCUGGCAUGCCGGUCGGAAUUCCGCCGAGACGGACGCCAUUGCUGAUGCUCUUAGAUGUCGCCAUCACAUCCCAAGUAUUUUUUAGUAACGCGGAUAUAUUAUCAGGUGGUGUAUCGCAAUCAAUAAUAAUUGUAAAAAUAUUAUCUCUUCUAUUUAUUUAUUUAUUUUUGUUCUUAUAAUUUUGAUUAAUUAGACACGCUACAUAAGAUUAUAUCUGGAUAAAAAAUGUAUACCAUUUUUAAAUUCCUCUGUAACCUUCUAGAGUAAAAUGACUUGGUGAAUCCUAAUAUGCUUGUUAAAAUUGCUUUGGGGUCCUUAUAAAAAAAGAUACUUACAUUUGGAUGGAUGAAAGGAUAUGGGGGAAUAUUAUAGAGAUAAGUAAUAGAUUCUCUAGCACUAGAAUUCUACCGAAUAAACAUAAACCAUAAAUAAUAAUAAUAAUAAUAAUAAUAAUAUUUUUGAAAAAUUGGAAAUAACUUUCUCUCUAGUUUCUACGUUAUUUUUUUUUUCACUUAACAUGCUAAUAUUGAUCUCAUAUUGAAAAAAAUGUUUUGCUUUAAAUGAGAUAGAUCAAGUAUCAAAAUUUAAAAAGAUUGAAUCAAGUUUGGUUGGAGAAAAACAAUCUCCAACUUAGUAGUUGUAGUUACUUACGGUACAUUUUAUUCUUUAUUCUUUUCAUUAUAGUUAGAGUCAUUCUUUUUAUAGUUUAAUACUUUAAUAUGUAGUUGAUUUUUUUUUUUCAUAGCAGCAUUUAAUCGUUCUUCUUGUUUACUCACUCCUCUGUUUUAUUUCUUUUUGUAUCCUCUCCAUUUAAUUAUCUAUUUUAUUUUCUCUUCUACUUUUUUCUAUCUCAUAUUUUAUUUAUUUUUUAUACUUUAACUCAUUAAACAUACAUUAUUUAAUCCUUGUGUCCGAGAGAAAACAUCUCAAUUCUUUUUAGUUUUUACACUUAUAUUGUAGGUUUAGUUUUUACACUUAUAUUAUUAGUAGGUUAUAUCUAUCUCUAAAGCAAAUUCAAAAGAUCCAUGUGACACGGAAAUUAAUAGCCUACAUCCUUUAUAAUAUGUGUAAGUAACAUGCCAAAAUGUUUACAUCCUAUAACCAUAGUCCACUCACCAAAUUCAGCAUAUUCAACUUUCCACAUACACUACGUUGCAUGUACAAUUUCAUAAGUUUGUAUACAAUUGUUCUCACUAUUAUAAAAAUUUUCUCAAUGAAAUUCAGACAUCACGAGCAUAUAUGCGUUAAGUAAUCAAAUCAAAUCAAAUAAUAGAGGCGUCAAAUAAAUUGGAGAUAGGGGGAGCCUAGUACAUUAAAAUAAUGGAGGGUCCCUUUAAAUUUGCAUUUAUUUUGAGCAAAACAUGUUAUAGGCAUUGUCAAUUGUUUGAUAAUUGGAUGGACCUAUCACUCAUAUUUUAACAUUGUCCAUUUCUUUUUUAUCAUGCUACAAAACUUAUGCUUCCAUUAGUUUUUGACUUUUUGUCCCGCCAUGAAAUCCAUAGUUUAUAAACAAAAAUCUAUAAAUAAUCCUACAGCCCAUGUGGGCCUAUGAACGUGUGUCGAAUUAAUUGUUUUAAUUUGUAAUCGAAUCGUAGCAAAAGGCAGGCAACAAAGUAUUAAGUAAAAUUAUGCAGUAAUUGGCAAUCGUGGUGACCAUUUAGGGAAACCAUUUGGGUAGGUUUUUCAUACUACUAUUUGGUAUCAAUUAGUGAUUGUAUGUCAAUAUUUGGUGUCAAUUAGUAGUACAUUAAUUUUAUUAUUUAGUUAUUUGGCUUAUUAUUUUUCGGUUGAGAUUCUCAAUGUAAGUGGGGUAUUUAUCUUGUAGUAUCUCAAAAGAAGAAUAAAAAAUUUAUGUAUUUAUAAUUAAUAUAUAGGUUAUAUUCGAAAUCCUUUAAAUAAUGAAAUUCUAAAUAUGAUUAUAAAAUACUCCCUAAAUUUGUAAUAUAUUAGUUUCAUGAGAGAAAAUAUAGUUUGCACUUUGUACCAUAACCCUAAAUUGGUCUUCUAUUACUACAUUCAUGAUAUGGGUGUUAGAUUAGAAAAUUCAAUCCGAUAAUACUACACUCUAAUCAAGCGGGUUGGGCUUGGGCUGGUUGGCAUAGGUGCAAGCAAUUCUUGUCUAUUAGUAUUCCAUUUCCACCCUAUUUUUCGUCUGAUCCAAAAUGUGAAUACGUUUAUAUACAUAUCUCAUACACAUAGCAUCAUGUUCCUCCAAGUUAGAUAUUUGGCUAUUUUGAAAUAAGAUAAAAUCACAAGUCUCAACAUCCAUCCAUUUUGCUGUGGAAUUAUUGUGUCGAUUCGAUCCAUUUUUGUAUUUUAAAAUUCCAUAGUAUACUUAUUUUUAAUUUAACGAAACCGCAACCCGACUUUGGAAAAAAAAGAUUAAUUAGAAAAUGGAGAUACAUACCUAAUCACGCGGCCGCCCUAAAUGGUCAGAGGCACCGCCGCGUGUGGCGGCGGCCUCGAUUUUGAAUUGAAUUCAAAAAAUACGAACGCUUCCCCCACCCUUGUUUCACGCAGCCACCGGUGGCCUCUCAUCCGCCUGCCGCCCCGCCACUUUAACAACAACCCUACCCUACCCCACCCCUUCUCAUUCCCCUCCCUUCUUCUCUCUCCACCGCUCCCUCCUCUCCCUCUCCCUCUCCCUCUCCCUCUCCCUCUCUGAUCUCAAUUUUCCCCCAAUUCAAUUCCCCUAAUUCAAUUCCCCCUUCUCCGAUCUCAAUUUCCCCCCCAUGGCUACGAUCAUCUCCCCCUCCUCCCCCGACAACGACAUCCCCACCGCGACGCUCGCCCUCCCCUCCGUCUCCAUCGCCGCUGCCGCCCCCCGCCGCCUCCCCCCGCCGUGCUGGACCCCCGAGGAGACCGUCGCCCUCAUCGACGCCUACAGGGACAAGUGGUACUCCCUCCGCCGCGGUAACCUCCGCGGCAACCACUGGCAGGAGGUCGCCGACGACGUCGCCUCCCGCUCCCCCGCCCUCCCCGCCAAGACCUCCGUCCAGUGCCGCCACAAGAUGGAGAAGCUCCGCAAGCGCUACCGCGCCGAGAUCCAGAGAUCCGCCGCCCGCAGAUCCGCCUCCUCCUGGGCCCACUUCCACCAGAUGCACUCCAUGGAGAAGGGCACCGACAACCCCUCCCCCCCUCCCUCCUCCCCUUCCUCCUCCUCCGAAGACGAGCACAACAACACCAAGAGCAACAGCGUCAAGCGAAUCAACGAUCUCUACAACCGCCACACCAAUCAGAACGGAGCAGCAGCAGCAGCAGCAGCCACGCCGGGGGUUCGGAUCAAGAUGCCUGGCUCUACAGCCAAGGCGUACGGACAAAUUCCAAACCCUAACCCUAGAGUAAUCCCCAAUUCGAGCGGUAAAUCGUUGGUGGAAGCGAUUCAGGCGCUGGGGGAAGGGUUUAUGAGGAUGGAGAAGAUGAAGAUGGAUAUGGCGCAGCAGAUUGAGGAGAUGCGGAUGGAGAUGGAGCUCAAGAGAACGGAGAUGAUACUCGAUUCGCAGCAGAGAAUUGUCGACGCAUUUGCUCGCUCCAUCAAGAAGCCCAAGAAUCACCACUAUGCCUGAACCCAAUUUGUAAUUUUAUUUUCUAUUUGUGUUACUUUUUAGCAAAAUGGAUUCCUCAUUAUAAUACAAGUUCAAAUUUCUCAACACCAAA